AUGACAAGAUCCCGAUCUUCAUUGGGUUCCGUUCAUCCCAUCUCAUCGCCAAACCAAAAAAUAUUAGCCAUCAGACGUGAAGAUGCAUCGGUAUGGGAAAGGAGGGCCCCUUUGGCACCCCUUCACGUCAGACAACUGGUUAAGAAAGGAGUGAAAGUAAUAGUACAGCCAUCAAACAGGAGAGCAUAUCCACUGCAAGCCUAUGUUCAGGCGGGAGCUGUCAUACAAGAGGACAUACUUUGGCACCCCUUCACACAACUGGUUAAGAAAGGAGUGAAAGUGAUAGUACAGCCAUCAAACAGGAGAGCAUAUCCACUGCAAGCCUAUGUUCAGGCGGGAGCUGUCAUACAAGAGGACAUUAACGAAGCGCCGGUCAUUAUCGGUGUAAAACAAGUGCCAAUCGAUUCAUUACUGCCUAACAAGACGUAUGCCUUUUUCUCGCACACUAUCAAAGCUCAAGAGGCAAAUAUGUCUCUUCUCGACGCCAUUCUCGACAGAAAUAUUCGACUUAUCGAUUACGAGAAAAUGGUUGACAACUCUCAACGAGUGGUGGCUUUCGGGCGAUUCGCGGGAAUCGCGGGAAUGAUUGAUAUAAUGCACGGAUUGGGACUCAGACUGUUAGCACUGGGCCAUCACACGCCGUUCAUGCAUAUCGGACCCGCACACAACUACCGCAACAGCGGAAUGGCUAAGCAGGCCAUUCGGGACACCGGUUAUGAGAUAGCGUUGGCAAUGAUGCCCCGCUCUAUCGGUCCGCUCACUUUCAUAUUCACGGGCUCUGGCAAUGUAUCGCAAGGAGCGCAGGUUCUCAACGGCAUACUUAUGCACCUGCAGUUCCUAAACCCUUUUCACCACGGCGGCGCCUUUGAUCCCGUAGAGGCAGACCAACACCCGGAGAGGUAUUACUCAAACUUCGCCACACAUAUCGCACCUCACGCUUCGGUCAUUAUAAACGGCAUCUAUUGGUCGCCAAACUCUCCCAAACUAAUGACAAUACCGGACGCCAAGCGUCUACUUCAGCCCCAAUACACGCCAUGGCUGCCCAUAUCUGUGGGAUCGCCAGCACUGCCGCACCGAUUGAUAGCUAUUUGUGACAUCAGUGCAGAUCCGGGCGGUUCUGUUGAAUUCAUGACUGAAUGCACAACAAUUGAUAAUCCGUUUUGUUUAUACGACGCCGACUAUAAUAAACACAGCACUGACUUCGCAGGUCCGGGGGUUCUGGUCUGCUCUAUAGAUAAUAUGCCGACUCAACUGCCAUUAGAGGCGACACAAUCUUUUGGUGAUCUAUUGAAGCCAUACAUUGAAGACAUUGUGAGUUCGGACGCAACGGAACCGUUCGACAGGACAUCCUUCAGUCCAGUGGUGAAGAACGCGUGCAUAACCAGCAACGGUAGCCUUACUCCCAAUUUUGAGUAUAUCAUGGAUUUGAGACAAAAGAAGGCGUCAGUCGUGUCCACCAAAAAGAGAUCGUCGCUCGACAAACAUGUGUUAGUGUUGGGCGCCGGCUAUGUGUCCGCCCCUCUCGUCGAGAUACUCACCCGAAAUCCCAACAUUGAUGUAACGGUUGCCGCAGAUUUACAGGGACCGGGCGAUGAACUGGUACGGAGAGCCAAUCGACCCAACGCUCACUCCAUUGUCAUCGAUGUGACCAAAAACAGCGAACACUUGGAUAAAGCGAUCGAAGAGUCAGAUCUAGUGGUGAGUCUUCUUCCGUACGCAUUGCACCCGAAGAUAGCGGAGAAGUGUAUCCGCUUUAAGACAAAUAACCAAUGGCGGUCAAUAUGCUGUGGCUUGCUUCACCCAGAGCUAGGCCCGUAUCUAGUGGACAACCGGUACCUCACCUUUGACCAUGUUCACUCCAAUGGCGGCAAAAUUACUUCAUUCGUCUCGUAUUGCGGAGGAAUACCAGUGCCCGAGAAUGCGGACAAUCCAUUGCGGUAUAAGUUUAGUUGGAAUCCGAAAGGAGUUAUCCUGAAUAGUGUUGCGGCAGCGAAAUGGAUACAAAACAAUGAAGUAAUGGAAAUACCGGCCGGCGGUGCGCUUAUGGACAACACCACUGAUAUUGACUUUUUGCACGGAUAUAAUCUCGAAGGCUAUCCCAACAGAGACUCCACUCAAUAUAGGGAUAUAUACGGCAUAUCAUCCGCAAAGACAGUACUUCGAGGAACUUUGAGAUACAAAGGAUUUUGUGAUGUGAUGAAAGGGUUGCACAUGAUGAAUUUGUUGGACUUAGAGCCUCAUUCAUCACUGCAUCCUAAGGGACCGGAGAUAACGUGGAAACAGUUUAUGACACUUCAAUUGGGACAUCAGGACGAUAUGCUUCUCUCAAACCUCAAGAAUCUGCUCUUCGAGAGAGUGGGAAACGAGAACAGAGUGGACGCCAUCGAGAAGUUGGGCCUUUUGGCGGAGGAACCGAUCGCCAAACUAAACACACCCAUCGAUACAAUCACACACUUCUUGGCCAACAAACUGUCGUACAGUCAGAACGAGAGGGAUAUCAUAAUAAUGAGACACAAUAUCGGUAUUGAAUGGCCGGACGGAAAACAGGAAGAGAAACACAUUAAUUUCGUAGUCUAUGGCGACCCCAACGGGUAUUCAGCGAUGGCUAAGACAGUAGGACUUCCGGCGGGAAUCGCAGCCAAUAUGGUAUUGAACGGCGAAAUACAGACGAAGGGAGUGAUAGCGCCCAUGACUUCCGAAAUAUAUCACCCGAUGCUUAUGAGACUCCACGACGAGGGCAUCCACUCUAACGAAACAUCGACCAAAUUAUAAGUUUAUUUAUUUUUAUUUAAUGCAAAAUAAAUUGAUUAUAAAUACCAAUUGAAA